AUGAAAUGGAGUUUGGGUGUGUUAAUCGACAAACGGUCGAAGGUGCCACUGAAUCAUUUUGCAAACCUAGCUAGUGUUAAAAUGCGUUUACCAUGCACAGAUUUUUAUCCAACGGAUGCCAAACGUGUUUUGGUCACAUUAAUAAAUUCAGCCAAAGGAAAAGAUUUAUUACUUGCUUAUUACAUAAGUCAAGACACUAAUCAUCAAACAGAAAAUAUAAUGCAUAAUGUUUUUGCAUUGAAAUUUGGUACAAUUAUCAAAACAUCAGCAUUAAAUACAAUUGAUUUUCCUGAUUUUCAUUUUCCAAUAAAUCGUUAUCCAAAACAUAUGGCGCUCUUUGAAUUAGAUCGACGAUCUGCAUUUGCACAACAAGCAAAAGCGAUCAUAGAUGAUGGUUGGAAUAAAUUAGCUAAGGUUCGGCAUCAGAAGAAGAAUAUGUUGGAAAAUGUAUUAAUACUCACAGCAAAUGAUAAUGAAUUAGAAUAA